AUGGGGAGGCAGCGGCCGACCGCGAGACACUUCCACAAUCAGCCGGAGCUGCGGCGAGGAUGCUCCGGGAUGCUGAGGUGGAUAUUCCUCGUGUGGCUCGCCGGCUGCAGUCCACGCGGGAACACAGUCCGGCAGGAUGCCGGAGCUGGAGCGCCCGCCGUGACGGGGGUUCCGUACAAUAGUUACCAAAAAAAGGGCCUUUUGUUUCCCGCCGACCCUCUGACAGCAAUUAAUGUUGUAUUUUAA